AUGUCCACCUGGAGCGGCACCGAGUACGCUGGGCCGGAGAAGAACGAGUGGUUCGAGGGCGAGGGGAGGUUCAAGUUCCCCAACGGCGUGGUCUACGAGGGGGAGUUCCGCAAGGGCGAGUUCCACGGCGAGGGAGCCCUUGUGUACCCGAACGGGGGCCGCUACCAGGCCCGCUGGGAGCGGGGCUACGCCGUGGAGGGGAAAUACCUCUUCAAGGACGAGCUCCUGUACGAGGAUCCGGACAAGAACUGGCAGUACGUCUCUCAGGGUGACCGGCGCUUCUACACCGAGGUGCGGCAGGGCCUCAACCCCGCGGGCAAGACUUUGCUCACCAACGAGGCCGCCCCACCGCCCAUCCCGAAGGGCACGUACGACUACGGUAGCGGUUACUUCGACCCGAAGUCCGAGGAUCAGGGGCAACGUUUAGGGGGAGGUGCUGGGCUACGUGACCGAGUUGGAGGAGCGCUGGAUCAAGGAGCACUGCAGAAAGGGCUUCGACGAGGGCCAGCUCCCAGGAGGCCGCCCCACGUUGACCGCGGCUGUGGGGACGGGAGCGCCAGCCGCUGCUGCGAGCCAGCCGUAGGCUCACAUGUCGGCGGAUGUCCUGUGAAUCUGGCCAUGCGUCUUUCCAGUUUCCUGACACGUCGCCGCUAG